GUGCCACUCGGGCAGUUAAGGGUGUUAAUUGAGGACCUAGUAGCUGUGGACUGUAAAUGUUUUUCAUAAAUGUUGUUGUUUUGUUUUACAUUGUAUUGUUGUGAUCAGGGCACCCUUUGGAAUAAGACCAUGCUCUCAAUGUUGUUGUCCCCUGAUUAAAUAAAGAAUUUAAAAAAACACCAACAAGAAGACCCUGCCCGGCCGCUGAGGUUCAGAGGAAUAGGAGGACGUCAAAGGGCGGUUCAUGUAGUGGAGGUGAAACAAUAGAUUGUUGGCUAGAGUACAUCAGUGAUAUCACCUUCCCUGAGAUCUUAAGCCAACUGUCGUUCAUGGCAUUGAGUUGCAGUGUUAUUGCAGAAAGUUGUUAGUCUAGCUUUCUCUAUAAGACUAAUAGUCACAAGGUGCUGCUUACAUUCUUAACUGUCCAUAUAUCAAUGAUUGAUGAGAAUUAAGAGAUGGCGUUGUCUGUAGCGACCUAAUGUGCAGUACACCAGAGGGGAACACCCAUGCUGGAGUAGAGACACAGGCAGACAUUAUAGAUACAGGCAGACAUACACGCCCACCAGCGUGUCUUCACCCACGCAACCCUAUUAUAGCCAGCCACACUGGGCUAUUUUUAAGAACAAGGCUCUUCUUUUGCCUUUCAUGUUAAUUGUUUAACACUGGGAAAGGUAUGAUAGUCAGAUGUCAGCCAACUGUCACUUCCUUUGGACAACUGUGGCUAAGUUAACAGUGUUUUUCCAUCACUCUACGAUCAUUAAUAACAAUCACCUCUGACGUUGUCCACUUCAACUGGUCCUUAGGAUGUAGUUAAGAUUCACGUUUGGAAUGGCAAGUGCUGUUUGUAUUUCCAUUGUACAAGUGAUGUCAUUAGUUCAAAUUCCCUUUUAACAUACAGAGUUAUUAUUAAAGUGAAAUAUACAGAUAGAUACAUGUAUUUACUGUAUGUUUUUCUUUACUACUAUGAUCCAGAUAAAGAUGACACCCAGCCAGCUGGCCCAGGCAAAACUCAAUAUGCAACCAAUUUAGCAAAACUCUAGUCUAGAAUAUAACUGGCUUACAGAAAAAGAUAUACAAAAUUAAACAUGUUUUUAGAUAACUUUAGAUAACACAUAAAAAAUGCAACCCAUUUUAGUUUGACAAUCCUGUGAUAAGGAUAUGGAUUUCAUAGUAUAUGGGUCACCUUUGUCUAUAAAUGGUUUUCAUACAGGUCCAAAAAUCACAUUCACAUGAACCAUUUCGCUACACAUGAAAUGUUUUUCAAAUGAAAAGGGGUUGUGUGGGACUCAGUAGUAGUGCUGUAGUCCCAUAAGCACACAUUGUUAUUCUCCUUAAAGUCUAAAUGGUCCUUUUUUGCAUUCAGAAUGGAAUCACCCUGGCCAGCAGCAUCCCACCCUGCAUCCCACGGCUGGCUUGCUUCUGAAGCUAAGCAGGGUUGGUCCUGGUCAGUUCCUGGAUGGGAGACCAGAUGCUGUUGGAGGGCCAGAAGGAGGCACCCUUUCCUCUGGUCUAAAAAAAAAUAUCCCAAAGCCCCGGGUCAGUGAUUGGGAUAUGGUGCUGUAUUUUGGAUGGGAUGUGGUCUCUGUGGUCACUAAAGAUCCCAUGUCACUUAUUGUAAGAGUAGGGGUGUUAACCCUGGUGUCCUGGCUAAAUUCCCAAUCUGGCCCUCAUGCUGCUGAAUCAUCCCCAGCUUACAAGUGGCUCUCUCCUCUCACCUGUAACUAUUCCCCAGGUUGUUGCUGUAAAUGACAAUGUGUUCUCAGUCAAUUUACCAGGUUAAAUAAAAGACCCUACAGCAAACUAAACAGAACAACAUUUGAAUCACACCAAUACAAAAGCUGGAAAACAUCAGUGACAUAAAAUGUUAAUACUAAAUCAAAUAGCAUAAACCAGGAUGACACCUUUGGCUAUUGCGUCACACAAACCGGUUCUAGGUAGCUGUUUAAACAGAUAUCUUUCUCCCACACAACCACACACUCUCUCCUUAUAACCACAAACUGAAGAUUUUCAUUGACACAACAUGUAGGCUACAUUCACACCCACAUAAAACCUCCAUGUAAACACUUUCUCUUGCCAAGGGUACUGUGAUCAGUAGGUGGAGGAAAUCAGUUAUUUGUUUGUGUCUCAGGAGCUGUCAUCGAACAAAACAUGAAAUAUAUUGAGUUGCCAUGUGUGUACAUUUCCCUUACGAAACAGUCCAACGAUUUACUUCUGUUUUCUAUACCCAAUUACCAUAGUAGACCACUAUCCUUUUUGCUCCUAGUAUUCAAUGCCACUGAUCAGAAAUAUUGAUAAAAUGUUGCACAGUGCAAUAACAUACAAUUUGGUUAAACCCAGUAGCCUUUUCCCCAUGGUCAAAUACAAUCCCAGUUGGUUUUGGGUACUGUAAAAACCUACCACCACAACCUGGACUCAGGGGUAGACAUAACAUAGUAAACAUAAAUCCGGGACACUCCAAUUAGUAUAUGUUACGUUUGGUAAGGUAUGCAUUCAUUUGUGGAUGUCCAUCAUCCAUUUCAUAUGAUAUGUUACGAAUUACAUUUCAUACAUUAUGUUAUGAACUUGCAAAGCAUAUGAUGUUACGAAUUAUUUUGUCUACAUUGAACUGCCUUAAUUUGCGCAUGAUAAAAUACUACCUUUACACCCACAGCUCUGUCGAUUAAUUUGAGAGUGGUAAUUUAUAGCAGCAUGAGGGAUAGUCUGUUAAUGCAAGACUUGGGGGAUUUUCCCGGGGCACAUGUGCAGGGAAAGGCACUGACAGCCGAGUCGCGUAGGCGGUAGAAGAACUAUAAAUUCGGAUGUAUUUCAUGAAGAAGAUAAAACGUUACUUUAGACUUCGUAGUGGUGGUUUGAAAUGGAUAAGUGUGCAAGAAACAGCGAGAUUCCUCACGAUACGGUGAUUUCAAUUGCGCAGCAAGAGUCUGUUGUUCUUUUGCUCAAACACUGUCAAGAAAUGAAGCGACAGGAGAGUCGCUUGCGUCUUGUCACGUUAUUCUUGGUUCUGGGCUGUGCGGCUGUAUUUGUCUUUACGCAGCGUGUGAAUAGAGACUGCAAUGAGAAGGAUUCAUUCAAACCAGCUGAAUACUCACGACAGCAAGCUAUAGAUCGUCAAGAACAGAACCUGAAGCCAAACGCUCACCUGACAACAUCAUCAAGGUGCAACUCCGUGCCUGAAGUUUACAUCCAAUGGGAACACCAGAAAACUGGCUUGGUACACAUGCAACAUUUCACCUAUGAUGAGAAGAAGCAUGCUCUGGUUGUCCCUCAGGGAGGCCGAUACUUUGUCUACGUAGGGGUCAACUUUCGAAUGCCGGAUAAAGACAAGGUAUCUGGCGAGAUCCAUUUUCUUAGCCUGAAAGUCUGGAAAUUCUCAAAUAGAUACCCAGAUGAUUGGCCUAUCAUGGAAGUCAAGGAUAGCAUACCAGACAAUAGGAGAGGAGCGAGGACUGUGUACACGGGACAGGUGGUUGCUCUGGAGGAAGGGGACCUCCUGAGGGUGUCCAUUAAUGAAGACAAUUAUGAACUGAUUGACUGUUCAGCAGAGACUACCAUGUAUAUUGGUGCUUUUCUCCUCUAGAAAAGGAGAACAUGUCUAUUCCAAAAAUAUGCAGUCUGUGUGGAUUUAUAUUAUUUAUUUCCAUGCUUACUUUUAGUAGGACCAGUGCAUGUUUCAAGGCACAUUUUGUGGAUACAAUAAUAUUGCAGGUAUUAGUUAAGGCUUUCCUUCUGACAAAGCUGACCUUAUUUCAGGAUGGCAGGUAGCCUAGUGGUUAGAGCAUUGGCCCAGUAACGAAAGGUUGCUAGAUCAAAUCCCCAAGCUGUCAAGGUAAAAAUCUGUCGUUCUGCCCCUGAACAAGGCAGUUAACCCACUGUUCCUAGGCUGCCAUUGUAAAUAAGAAUUUGGUCUUAGCUGACUUGCCUUGUUAAAUAAGGUACAAUAUGAAUGUAUUCAUACAUUAAUUUCAUACUGUUUGCUACACAUUUCCUUUCUUGAUCAAGAUGAAUUAAAUUGUUGUUCAAUAAUUGUUGUUAAAUUAAAUAACUUAUUAUGAUUUUAUAGAGUGGGGUCAAUUCCUAACUCAAACUUUUGCCUAAUUUAACACAUGAGUUUUGUGCUACAGCCACUACAGACAUAUGACGUUUUUAUUUUUGUGUCCCUCAAAAACGCAAGUAAAUUAUUUUCAGAGUUGCAUACACAUCUCUGUUGUCCAUCACCUGUCAAUGGAUUACUCCCAUACAAACCCAUUGGCUCAAUAAGCAAUUUUCUAACACAAAAUCUUUGUGUGGCCGUAGCCCUAGGGAAAGGUAUUAAACUCCCUUUACUGUAUGUUAUUCUGUCUGGAAGCACCACUUCAUAGGUUUUAUGUUAUUCUGUCUGGAGGCACCAUUUGGUAGAUUUUAUGUUAAAACUGCUCCUCAAAGGGAUAGUUCACCCAAAUUACAAAAUUGCACAUUCGUUUCCUUCCCCUGUAGGAAAUCUUCGCUUGUCCAUAGACUGCUUACAUGUUAAGGACACCAAUAUGUAGUUUUGUAAUUUGGGUGAACUAUCCUUUUAAAUAUGUUACCAAGUAAACACUUUAUAUUGACCUUUCUGUGAAUAAAGUAUUUAAUUUCUGUAAAAAACA